AUGGCUCCAGAGCUGUUGGCGAGUGGGGAUCAGUCGUCUGUGGCCUCGGAUGUGUAUGCUUUUGGCGUUGUUUUAUCAGAGAUCGACACGUGCGACUUGCCGUUCACUGAGCGAGAGAAACUGACAGCACGGUCCCACACCAGCGCUGGCGAAGGAAGCAGUGAAGACAGCGACUCGCGCUUGAUGAACGAGAACAUAAUUGUCCACAAGAUUGCAGCCGAAGGUUGGAAGCCUACGUUCCGCGUUACGUGUCCGGAGGUUAUUAAAAAGCUGGCGCAGGACUGUUUGUUGCCAGACCCGAGCGCACGCCCAACGUCGCUUGCAGUGGCGCACCGACUCCGACAGGCUGCCACGAAGCGCGAGCGUCCAGAAGCUCUCGCCGCGCAGGCCAAAGCCACUACGUCGCUGCGUAUCCGCUGA